AACUUGAUUAACUACAAUCAAUACAACAUAAAAAGAACAUUUCAAGAGUAAUUUUCAUUAUUUAUUUUAUUUCAUUAUCGUUACUAUAAUUCACAAAAAUCGAGUUGAGAGGAGAAGCGUUUGUUGAAGACUUGUUAAAGAAGAACACUUCUCUUCAUCAACCUAGCAACCUAACAAACAGAAGAUAAAUUUCCUAGGAAAGGCCUUCAUAUUUCUACCAUAGAUAGAGAACAUCUGGAAAGAGAAAAUUUUGAAGACAGAAAGCAAAGAACAAAUAGACCGUGUUAUAAAUAUCAACAGCUGCAGAUAAACGAGAAAAUAUCAAGUGAAAUAAAAGAAGCUGUAUACAUAAAAUUCUUUUCAAACAAAUUGGAAAACAGAUGCAUUUGACACGUGUUGGAAAAAUACAGGAGAAACAUGCAGAAUAUCGUAUGGAAUUUCUUAAGUCCAACUUUAGCUGGUCUUAUAAUCUUCAGUAACAUUAUAGAGAUCAUCAUAAUCGCCCGCUUGAAAGAAAAACUUCACUUGUCGAUGAUAUAUAUUCUGAACUUAUCAAUCUCAGACCUCCUCGUCGGGCUGGUCAUUGUUGCAAUUAAGAUAAUAUACUUUGCAAUGCAAAACAAUCCUCAAUUGAUUGAGAACAAAGCUUUAGUUGAGUUUUACUUUCUUCUUCUAUUCCUCUUCUUACGUUUGUCACUCAUCGUAUCAGUGUUGAACCUAACCGCCAUCACUGUGGAUCGCAUUUUAGCUGUGAGGAAGCCAUUAUGGUAUCGCAAGUUAAAGCAGAAGAAAGCAAUUUGCGUGAGUAUCUUCUUAUGGGUCACAGCAGCAUCUGUGUUGGCGGUUUAUUACUGUGGGAUUCGAUUCGAUUGGAUUUCUCAGCAAUCGCAAACGGAGUACGAGCUUCUACUUUUUCCAAUUGUUACCAUCCCGGCCGCCGUAAUUUUGUCACUAUGUUACUACUUCAUCGUCAGCAAAUUGAACAUGCAAAGAAAAAGACUGCAUAACACAGGUCUCAUUCUGCAGGAGACAACUGGUGAUAAACUGAUCACAUUUAGUCCUGUCCCUUCAAAACAUGAACACAAAAGACUGAAAAAGGAAUGGAAAGUCAUCAAGUUAGCCAUCUCCGUGGUCUCCGCUUAUCUCAUUUGCUGGUUACCAAUCUCCAUUUAUGGAUUGUUAAAAGCAUGUGGAGUUAGCCAAAAAAACAUUGAAGACACUUUGUUUUUUGUCGCCAUUAUGAACUCUUUUCUGGACCCGAUUCUUUAUCUGCAUCAUAUCCGCAAUGAAAUCGCUAAGUUUGGGAGAAAAAUACUGCAUCGUGUGGCUUGUACAGAAUUUCAUGUGGAGAGCGAUCUACCUUCACAAACUGAAACUAAGUUUGAAAGAAGUGAGAUUCCAUUACCUCUUUCCUUUCAAAACAAUCCAUAAAAUACGUAAGGAGAAGAGCAUGCAUUACACAUUGGUAAGAAGAGCACGAAAAGCAAGAAUGCAACAGAAGACAUUGCAGUUCAGUUCUUCUGCUGGAAACAUACAAAGCAGAAAAAACAAGAAUAGACAUGUGGAAAAAAUUUUUCAUAAUUUUAUAUUCCUUUUGUUGCAUAGAUAUCGAGAUAUUUCAAGUACCUAAAGAAAUGCAAACAAAAUUAAAGUAUUUCAGAUUAACCAGCGUGUGAAUAAAAUUUUGACAUAUUAUUGAGUUGUAUGCUGACAUUAUCCAAUUAUCUGCGAGUAAUCACACAGAAAGCAAGUGUGGUGUUUUUUAUUAUCCAAAGCAAUUUUUUCCCUUCCCUAUGUUCUCUUUUUUUUCCAAAAGCCGUUUGUAGAAAUCGCCAUAAUCCCGUGAACAAGUUAAAUUGUGCUAAAUAGCGCUCCAACUCAAAAGGUUCGAGGUGGGGCACUAUUUAGAUAUAAAAUGAAGUAUAAACUUUCAAACAACAAAGAAUAGCAGGGGAACUUUUUGCUACAAUUUUUUAAAAAAACAUUUAUCUAGGC